GCCAGGAAUGACCAAUCUAUUGCACUUAAUUCUUUUGAGGUUCAUGAUGUGUGACGUGGACAUGGGUAGGUGUUUUUCUUCUCCAAACGGACAUGAUAAAAGCACACUGCUUCUUGCGCUGGCCUACUUUACUUCAUAAAGAGGAGAUACUGUCAGCACGUCCAUCAGCCCCGCAACUACAAGAAAUGCAAUAUAACAGGGACCCAGACACUGUUGUGACCAUCGUCAACCCUGUGGAGCAUCCCAGAGACUAUGUGGUAUGGUCCAUCUGCAGCUUCUUCCACGCAAACCCCUUUUGCCUCGGACUGUUGGCGCUGAUCUUCUCAUUCAAGGCAAGAGACAUGAAGGUGACUGGAGACCUGCAGAGAGCCAGGGAAUACAGCAAGUGGGCUCUGGGCUUCAACGUGGCCGUGCUGAUCAUUCUUUUUUUGACUAUCUUUAGUCUUUUAAUUGUUUGGUUAAUUAUAGCCGUUGAAGAUGCCAAUCAUCGCUAUCGCAAUCACUACUAGGGCCAAGAAACCAGUUAAUUGCCCCUGUACCAAAAAGAAUAAUGAAGCUAUAUUGAAUUGAAUUACCAAGUAAUGCGCUUUGUAACCAUCAGCACAGCAAAAUGAUUAUCCGUCAUUAUUUUACGCCACCCAGAAUUUAGUUGAUUUGAAAAUAGUUUUAGCAGCCGCCCCAGCGAGCUCUCCAAGUUAAUGAUGUAUAAUGUCUAUAAAAUAACCCAUGGGUAGUCCACCAAAGCACUUGGUGACAGACAGCAGUCCAGAUGCAACGGAAGACCAUUAUGGUUACGGUUUUAAUUUAAUGUAGGCCUAUAUUAUAAUUAGGAAUUGAAUCGGGGCAAGAAAUGCCAAAAAUAGCCUCAUACUUUUUCUAGCUCUUGUAACGUUAAGGCACUUAAUUUGAAUUAGGGUAGUAUCUUUGGCUGAAUGUACUGAAUGUUACUACACUUUGCAUAAAAGCUUCAGCUAAAAUAAAUGUUUGACAAUGUAA